AUGUUGCCUGACUUUCUUAAAACUUUUGAAAUUGAGUGUGAUGCCUCAGGAAUCGGAAUAGGAGCUGUUCUCAUGCAAGACAAGAAGCCGAUUGCCUACUUCAGUGAGAAACUUGGAGGAGCCACUCUCAAUUACCCAACUUAUGACAAAGAGCUUUAUGCCUUGGUCCGAGCCUUACAAACAUGGCAACACUAUCUUUGGCCGAAGGAGUUUGUUAUCCACACUGAUCAUGAAUCACUCAAGCACUUCAAAGGCCAACAGAAGCUCAACAAGAGGCAUGCUCGCUGGGCCGAGUUCAUAGAAACCUUUCCUUAUGUGAUCAAGUACAAGAAAGGUAAGGACAAUGUCGUGGCCGACGCAUUGUCUAGACGGUAUACACUUCUCUCUACUCUUGAUGCCAAACUCUUAGGCUUUGAGCAAAUUAAAGAACUAUAUGCUUCUGAUGCUGAUUUUUCUGAUAUUUAUCAAGCAUGUUCUAAGUUUGCUUCUGGAAGAUAUGUGAGACAGGAUGGGUUUCUCUUUUAUGAGAACCGCCUUUGUGUGCCUAAUUGUUCUUUGAGGGACUUGUUUGUCAGGGAAGCACAUGGAGGAGGACUUAUGGGACAUUUUGGAGUUACCAAAACUAUACAGAUCAUGAGAGAUCAUUUUCAUUGGCCACACAUGAUUAGAGAUGUGGAGCGCAUAUGUGCUCGCUGCACCACUUGUAAGUUGGCCAAAUCCAAGGUCCAACCCCACGGUUUGUAUACUCCUCUCCCUAUUCCAUCACAACCUUGGACUGAUGUUUCCAUGGACUUUGUUCUUGGUUUACCCAGAACUAGACAUGGGAAGGAUUCCAUCUUUGUGAUUGUGGAUAGAUUUUCUAAGAUGGCUCAUUUUGUUGCAUGCAAUAAAACUGAUGAUGCAUCUCAUGUUGCUGCAUUGUUCUUUAAAGAUGUCAUUAGAUUGCAUGGCAUGCCGCGCACCAUUGUUUCUGAUCGUGACACUAAGUUCCUUAGUUACUUUUGGAAAACCUUGUGGUCUAAGUUAGGGACUAAGCUUUUAUUUUCCACCACUUGUCAUCCCCAAACUGAUGGUCAAACUGAAGCAUCUAAGUUCUCUCCUUUUGAGAUUGUUUAUGGGUUUAAACCCCUGUCACCUUUGGAUUUAAUGCCUCUGCCUUUGAGUGAAAGAUUGAGUGCAGAUGGACAGAAGAGAGCUGAGGUGGUGAAGAAGAUUCAUGAGCAGGCAAAGAAAACAUUGAGGAAAAGACAAGCAGUAUGCCAAGAAGGCCAACAAGGGACGGCGCGAAUUAAUCUUUGA